AUGCUCAUCUCAAUCCCAACCAUCCUCCUCCUCUCCACCCUCUCCCUCGCCAGCCCCGUCCCGGACCGCACCGGUAACCGCCGCCGCCAACAAUUCACCCAAACAAUCUCCUCCCGCCCCUACAACCAAUGGCAAAUCGCCGACGGCCAAGCCGGCUUCGCCCUAACCGAAGCCGAGCAGCGCUUCCCCAUCGUCGACCGCGACCCCCUCUCAAUCUCCGACGACGAACUCACCGCCCUCAAGAACGGCGCUGCCCUCUCCGAAGCCUCCGAGACCGGCAAGGGCGGCUCAGACGAACGCAUCGCGUCCGCUAAAGCUCAAGGGCAGAACACCAAGGCGUUGGAGAAUGGGAGGACGAAGAUGCGGGUGUUGCGCCAUCAGCUGGAUAUCUUGGCGCUGCAGGUUGAGAAUGCGAGGGGUGAGGACAAUCAGGGGGCGAUUGAUGAUGCGUUUGAUGCUAUUCGGGGUGAGAUGGCGGCGGAUGCGGGGAAUGCUGGGCAGGGGAGUACGGGGAUUAGUGAUACGUUUGUGCUCGGGUUGGCGACGGAGGUGUCGAAGUAG